AUGGCCGGCGACGAGCCCCCAACGGCGGCGGCCCAGCCGCCCACAACGGAGUUGGACCAGGACCUGGUGGAGAUCCUGGAGGAGGGAUCGGGCCGCCUGGACAUCGCCCGGUACGUGGACCACGUGCGCGACCUGGCGGCGGGCGCCAUCGCCACCUUCGAGGGCACCACGCGGGACCACUUCGACGGGCGGCGCGUGGUGGAGCUGCGGUACGAGGCCUACUCGGCCAUGGCGCGGCGCCGGCUCGAGGCCAUCCUCCGCGAGGCCCGCGCCGCCCACGCGCUGCGGCGGCUGGCCGUGGCGCACAAGCUCGGCCCCGUCCCGGCCGGCGAGGCGAGCGUCUUCGUGGCGGCCUCGGCGGUGCACCGCGCGGACGCCAUGGAGGCGUGCCGCUACGUGAUCGACGAGAUCAAGGCCUCCGUGCCCAUCUGGAAGAAGGAGGUGUACGACGACGGCGAGGUGUGGAAGGAGAACCGCGAGUUCUUCGACCGCGCCGACGCCGACGGGACGGACACGGACCAUAAGAAGGGCCACAACAAGGCGUCCGGCGGCGGCUGCUGCGGCAGCAAGGUGCGGGUCAUGGAGGAGAGCUGAUGGCACCCGCCGGAUCGCGAUCGGAGAAAUACAGCGGGUUGCCUCUGUCCUUUGACUUAUUUUUGAGAUUUUUGAGAUGGAAGAAAGGAUAAAAUGUCUUGUGUGACACUAGAGGUUUAACCAAGUGGCAAAUACAGUGUAUGGAAAUGCGAUUCUAUAGAUUGCAAAUGAUGUAAUGUACUCACUGUAUAAACAAUUCUCCUUCUCAUUGUGCUGCAUGUGUAUCUUGUACUAGCGUUUCUUUUCCUGUGUCAAAACACUGAAAGGGCACACCAGAUAUACGGGAAGAACUGAUAGAAAGGAAAUGUCUUGUGUGACGCUAGAGAAUUGAUCAAGUGACAAACACAGUGUACGAAAGUUCAGUAUCUACAAUGCAAAUGAUGUAACCUACUCACUCUAUGGCAAUUUGGAAUAAACAUCUCGUUCAGUUGGCACUGAAA